AUGAUAUCUACUGGUUCUGGGACCGGUCCUCCCGGAGGUCCCAGAGCCCAGUAUGGGGCCUGGAUCCUGGCUUGGGAUACUCAGAGAGAUGCCUGGUACUACAAGUCAAACACUCCGGUCCUCCCGGAGGUCCCAGAGCCCAGUAUGGGGCCUCAUUCCUGGGAAGGAUUCAUCCAGAAACCCCCCUGGUCCUGGGACCGGUCCAGGACCUCUGAGACCCGGCACCAGGCCUCUGAGUCCGGCCGCAGACCUCUGAGACCCCCCGGAGGUCUGAGACCGGAGGCCGGUCUCACUUAG